AUCUUCUCUCGUACGCCUGCCAAGGUAAAAUUACAGUUGAACACAGUUCCAGGCGGCCCCAGAGUUGCACAACCAAAAGCAUUCGCAUCGGAGUGCGGCAUAAGGGGAGGUGGUACCAGCAGGCUAUAUGCUCUACCUCCCACCCACCCACUCGCACACAUUGGCAUUGGCGAUUGCCGAAGCAAGCGUGUUCAGUUCGCCGAAAAAAAAAAAAAACAAGGAAGGAAGCCGAAAGCCAGGCAUGGAGCAGCGGGAGGAAAGAGAAAGUUUCAUCCUCUGGGCAAAGCAAACGCGAGCACGAUGCUCAGUUUCGCGCAGCAGUUGUGAGCAGUCAAGCAGUCAUUCCUUCAAUAUUUCAAUCAAAAUCCAAACAAAGUUCGGCGCUGACGGUCGUGUUCUAGCGUAUUAACGUAUUUAUUAACCAACAGACAGAAACAGUUGCUGUAUUUUCGUAUCUGAGGCUAAGUUUAUUAUUUUGUUGUCCCUGUAUUGUGACCUUUAACUGUAACAAAGAGAACGACCGUCGCGCACCAGAGUGUGACUCCCCGCACUCGCACUUCGAUUUGCAACAAAUUAAAUGUAGUUAAGCAGAGUAAUCUAACGUGUGCGUGCUUUUUUUUUUGCCAUAAAAAUAGAAACGAAGAACAAUAGUUUUAGUGCAGAAAUCAUCUAAAAGUGUGCCAGAACAAAAGAGUGAGGCGGAGCGGCAUUGCGGAGGAGUUACGUCAAAAGGAGUCACAGCGGCAACAACAAACCGACCGCCUGGGCACCCAAGACCAGAAACUGUGAAAGAACCAGACUAAGAGGCGAGGAAGGUGGUGAAGGAGAGGAGAGCACAAACUGCCUUUGGCGGCGGCGUCGCCGUUACUUUUCUGUUGUUGUUUCAUUUCCGUUACGUUCUCUUGCUUUUUUUUGUGCUCUGUUAUUUUCCAUUUUUUUUGUUGUUUUUUGUUGUUGUUGUUGUUGGUAAGCCGGCUUUGUCUGAGAGCGGAGGAGUGGAGAGAGCGCCGAGUCCUGCAGAGCGGAGGAGCGGCGGCAGCAGACGGCAGACUGGUGCGUGCAACGAUAAAGUAAAGGCAAACGACGGGCGGACAAACGUAACACAGCGGAAACGGGAACGGCACGGUAACGGGAACACCAACGCUUAUGUAAAGCGUAAUAUGGAAGCAUGUCGUCCACGUCCAGCUCCGUGCUAACGUUGUCAUCGUUCAAUCUAUUAUUUUUCACCCAAGUGCUCACGGUGCUCAGCUCCACGAUUAAAUACAACGAAUACGCAACGGACAAGGGCGGCAAUGUCAGCAUACCCUGCAUCGCCCAGGGCAACAUCAUGUGGGUGAAAGAACAUGGCAGCAACAGCACAAUAGUCCAGACGGGUCGCCUCUUGGUGCUGCGAAAUGUGAGCACAUCGGAUGCUGGCAUUUAUGUGUGCUUUGCCACAACCACAACGACAAGAGCAACAGCCACAAGCCCAGCGACAACUACCUCACCGCGACUGGAGAAUGAGGAGGAGGAGCAGCAGCAGCUGCCAGAGGAGGAAACCGCAGCCGCAGCCGCAACCACAACACAACCCAAAGAGCAGCAGCAGGAGGAGGUGGAGGAGGAGCUGAAGUAUCAGGCAUACCAGCGCACAAAGCUCACGGUACGCACUGUGCCCGGCCCCGUGACGCAGCUGUACUUCAAGGCAUCCACCAUACUGGGCUUUCUCAUCUGGCGCUUCAACAAAACGCAGUCGGGCGGCUAUCCCGUGCGCAGCUUCACGGCCGAAUACCGCAAUGUCUCGUACAGCCAGCCGCCGGCAAAUGCCAGCUUCGAGCACGCCUGGAUCCGCAUGGAUCCCAUCAAUAUAGCAUUCAAUGUGCGUCAAAUGGAGGUGUAUCGUUUGGCGCCAAACACCACCUAUGAGUUCCGGAUAUGGGCCAACAAUGAGCUGGGCAGCGGCGUGGUGGUAACCACCAAUGUCACCACCCUGCCAGAGACCAAGGAAGAGGAUCUCAUACGCCUUAUUAAACCCGACCUAGACAAUUUUGAUCCACGCAUUUGGAUAGUGGCCGUCAGUAUAGUGCUCGGAACACUUGUGAUAUUAGCCAUUGGACUCUGCAUUGUGCUCUCCAAGGAGUGCUACCAAGCAUCGCAAAUGGAACUGCAAGAUGGUUGGGAUAGCAUUGAGCUUAUACCGAAUAUAAUACUUAAUCCCGGUUUCAGCGAAUCGGAUGGCGGCGGUGCUGCUGGUGGGAACGAUGAGAACGAUGCCGAAGCGGAAGCGGCUGCCGAAGCGGAGGAGGAGGCACGAGUGCGAUUUACACGCACCAUUAUCUUUGGCCAGAAGCCACGACCCAGUCGCCUGCAUCCCGUUGGCCAUCCGCAACAUCGUCCGCCGCCACCAAUGGUGGUCUUUGAUGAUGAUGACGAUGACGAUGAGGAGGAUCACGAGCCCACAAUGGAGAGAUUUAAGCGCAAAGUUUCGGUAUUUUUUACAGGUCCCACCAUCAAGCGUAUUUGAGAGUACAAACACUUACCACAUAGGUUGUUGCCACAUUGCGGUUUGAUCUCGGAUUGUUAUUAGAGCUUACCACACUAGUUACAGUUAACGGGUGCAUACAGUUUGAUUUCAUUUCGGUUUCCUCCGUGCUUCAGAGACGAGCUAAGCGCUUUCCAAUAUCUGAUUUGGUUUGCUUUUCCGAAUCACCACACACGACACACACCACACCACACCACAACACGCCACAAAUAUCUAGAAUAUAUACACUAACUUAACUAUAACUAUAACUAAACUAAACUAAACUAUACUAAAGAAAACAAGUAUAUUGCUGUGAUACCAAAUUCAAUUGAACGGAAAUUGUAAGGAUUUACCAAUAACGAACGUAUAAUUAUUCAUGAAUUUGCUGAAGCUACCAACAAACAAAAAACAGUUUUCAAUUUCUGCCUAGUUAAAUGCCAUCACAGCCAUCUUUUCAAUUUAUAUAGAGAACAAACAAAAACAAAAAAAAGCCAACCAAAGUUUUGCUUUAAGCUCCUAACUAUUCCUUUGGCUGAGAUCCGUUUCUGCUCAGUUCUUGGGUUCCACGAUUCUGAGAUCUCAGAUCUCGGAUUCCCAACCCGAUUGCAUGGCAGAACGGUUCUCUCGUAGUCGUAACCAGACUUGACUGUACCACUCGACUAUAUAGGCUUUCCGACUCUGACUCGUUGUUGUUAGUUUUUUUCGUUGUUAGUUUUUUCGUUGAUUUGUUUUGUUUUGUUGUUCGAAUGAUUCAACAAACUGUGAAACAAUUUUAUAAUUGAGCAAAUAUUUUGCACUGUAGAGCGCACCAAAUGAUAAUCGAUUCUAAUUAUCGAUUGUCGAUAUAUUCGAUAUACAUACAAGUUUGAUAAACAUUUUGAAAUAAAUGGCAAAAUGCCACGUGCUUUAGUUUUCGGCCUCACAAGCUACUGUAAUUCAAUUGAAUAAAAGAUAUUAUGAUAAAUCCAAUGAAUAAACUAAACCCAAUAUAUACAUACCUAGCUAUAGAAUUAUUAAACAUGCUAUUGUAGCUGGGAAAAUAAUUAAAUUAAAUUAAAUAUAUUCGUUUCCCAGGGGGCAAAAAAAAAACCCAAAAAAGAAAAGCUGCUUCCACACACACAGUAAACUCUAACCACAGAAAUGGAGAGGAAAAAAAACAAUGAAAUUGUUCUAAAAUACAUAUAAAAUCAAAAUGAAUUGUUAAACAAGCGAUUAAAUAGUGUAUAUACCGAUAUGAAAAUAUACCAUACAUAUAUAGCGAAAUAUAUACACAUAUGUAUAUUUAUAAUGGGGGAACAUGUACAUGUAUAUAGAGGUUUUUGGGGUGGGCUAAAUCUUAAGAAAGACUGUAGCUAACAUUUAAGACACUUUGGCCUGCGCUUUUACGAAAUGUUUUUGAAGGCGGGCCGCCGCUGCCUUGGCCCGAACAUACUCGUAUGUAUUUUCGUUUUGCAUUGAUCUGCUAGAGCUACCAAACAAAUAAAACUACAACAAAAAAAGAUAAGAAAAGAAAACCUAUUAGAAAUAAUAUUUCUAACAAUUCGGAAUGUGCACUUAACUAAAAGAACUAACUAAAACUAAAGCUAAAACUAAAGCUAAAACUAAAACAAAACCAAACUCAAGCAAAAUAAAUAGCAUAAGUUCAUGGCUACGCUCUGAUCCUAACUCUUGGCUGUAUUUCUAGUUGUUAUUAUUGCUUCAGGGUUGAGCAUCAUAUGGCAUAUUGUUAGCCCACAGAAAACCCCUAAUUCCUAAUCCCUAAACCACGCCUGAGAUCUUCUUUUGUAAGCCAAGGCAAUGCAAUCGAUGGAGCUGCACAACACCCGGACACCCCGACACCUG